AGAUUUAUAUAUACACCCCUUUUCCCUUUUAUUAUUCAUAGCACAUAUCCUAAUUCGGGACGUGAGAUACACGUGACUGCUUCUUUGCAGUUAAGAACAGCAUAUAAAUGUGAAUAUGAGCAUCCCGGUGAAUGGUGAUGGAAAUAGGAAGUCUUUGGAGCUGAGAAAUUUAAUGGCGGGAGCAGAAGAAGAAGAUGAUUACAUGGGAGACCUUUCUCAGUUUCUACCGCCGGAAGUUUCUCAAUCUUCCUCAAGUAAGGGUUCUGGUGGUAAACUUGUAGUGUCGAAUUCUUCAAGCAAGAAAUCCAAAACACAAAAUUGGCAGGAGCAGAGAAAGCUCAAGCGGCAGCGGAGGCAAAUAGAAGAGGAUAUGCAAACAUUGGAAAACUUAGGUUCAGCAAUUCCGGAAUCUAAUAUUGGGUUCAAAUUGUUAAAACAAAUGGGUUAUGCUCCUGGCUCUGCAUUGGGCAAGGAAGGCUCUGGAAGGGCUGAGCCAGUGGUGCUGGAGAUAAGGAGGGGCAGGGGGGGAAUAGGUAAAGAGGAUCCCAAGGUAGAGAAGAUGAGGAGAGAGAAAGAAAAUGAAGAGAGUAUGAAGAGAAAAGAGGAGGAAUUGAGGGAAGAGUUUGGGAGUCGCCAGAAGGAGCGGUGGAGAGAAAGGAGGAUUGUAGUGAAUUUUCGGAAGGCAGAGGCUUCAUUAGCACAGUUGGAAAAGAGGGACAUUGUUGACGUGGAGAAGAAGGAAGAGGAGGAUGAGAAAAAGGAAGAGGAAGAAGAAGAAAUUACGGAAGAGGACUUGCUCAAUAUAUUGCUGAAGCUAAGAAAUGAGUUCUAUUACUGCCUCUUCUGUGGAUGUCAGUACGAGACAAUGGAGGCACUAGUGUCCAACUGCCCAGGGAUAAAUGAAGAUGACCACUAGAUUUUACACCCAUGGAUGGCAUCCGAGGUGUUUAAACUUGGUCUUUAGCGUCCAAGAUGUUUAAACUUGGUCUUUAUCAAAUUCCCAGCUUCUGGAGUGGAUUGGAUAACUUCCAUUCAAUGUUGCUGGAUUAUUCUGGCAUCGUGGCUGGUGCUCCAUGAUGGCUUUGAAGUAGAAGCUAGAGAGGAUAAUGUUUCGAAGAAACCCGCUGCUACUAAGAGUGCAUGGCUUCUUUUGAUUUUAUUUCAUAUUUCAAUCGGAGAUCCAUCCUAUGAAAAUACUCUUACGAUUUAAAGUCAUGUCGUCUGAUUAUGUCUGGUUAAGGAGCACUGACUACUAAAAAAUGCGUGUUGUAUACCAUCGACUUUACAGUGUUUGGCA